CACCACACCGGCUGCGACCGUCUCCUGACGAAAACCCCACAGUACCACCUUCUCCAGGAUCGGAUAGCCACCGCUACAACCAACAUGGAUGAGGAGAAUCACGUUCCCGAGGAUCUGUCCAUGGAGGAGAGGGAUGAGCUGUCAAACAUCCGACGCAGGAAGAGGGAGCUGCUCGAUGAUAUUGAGAGGUUGAAGUUCGAGAUCGCAGAGGUCAUGACGGAGAUCGAGCAGCUGACGUGUGUCGGAGAGAGUAAAACAACCCAGAGAAACAAACAGAUCGCCAUGGGUCGGAAGAAAUUCAACAUGGACCCAAAGAAAGGAAUUCAGUUCCUGGUGGAGAACGACCUUCUGCAGCACACCCCCGAAGACGUCUCCCAGUUCCUCUACAAAGGCGAGGGCCUCAACAAGACUAUGAUUGGAGACUACUUAGGCGAACGAGAUGACUUCAACCUCAAGGUGCUGUCGGCCUUUGUGGAGCUGCACGAGUUUGCCGACCUCAACCUGGUCCAAGCUCUACGGCAGUUCCUGUGGAGUUUCCGUUUGCCGGGCGAAGCCCAGAAGAUCGACCGGAUGAUGGAGGCGUUUGCCUCUCGGUACUGUCAGUGCAACCCCGGGGUCUUCCAGUCAACAGAUACCUGCUACGUGUUGUCCUUUGCGAUCAUCAUGCUGAACACCAGCCUACAUAACCCCAACGUCAGGGACAAGCCCCCUGUGGAGCGCUUCAUCUCCAUGAACAGAGGCAUUAAUGAAGGAGGAGAUCUGCCGGAGGAGCUUCUCAGGAACCUUUACGACAGCAUCAAAAACGAGCCCUUCAAAAUCCCAGAGGAUGAUGGGAACGAUCUGACGCACACAUUCUUCAACCCUGACAGAGAAGGAUGGCUCCUAAAGCUCGGCGGCCGUGUGAAGACGUGGAAGAGGAGGUGGUUCAUUCUGACCGACAACUGCCUCUACUACUUUGAGUACACAACAGAUAAAGAGCCUCGUGGGAUUAUUCCUCUGGAGAACCUCAGUAUCAGAGAGGUGGACGAGCCAAGGAAGCCUAACUGCUUUGAGCUCUACAACCCCAACCACAAAGGUCAGGUGAUCAAGGCCUGCAAGACGGAGGCGGACGGGCGGGUCGUCGAGGGCAACCACGUGGUGUACAGGAUAUCGGCCCCCACGCCGGAGGAGAAGGAGGAGUGGAUCAAAUCCAUCAAAGCGAGUAUCAGCAGGGAUCCUUUCUACGACAUGCUGGCCACCAGGAAGAAGAGGAUAGCGAAUAAGAAAUGAUGUCCGCCCGCGCUCCACAUCCUCCUCGUCUUCAUCACUGCCCUCUCUGUGACCAGCACGGCCCCAGGAGACACAGGUGGGAGUUUGGGGUCAAGCUUGUCUCGGAGCCGGAGGAUCAUCUGACGUCAGAUCAGAGCCGAGGCGAAGGUUUAGAUGGAGAAUAAAGGACCUGCAGGAUCUUCACCAAGCCGGAUGUUCAUUGAGGACCACAGUUUACGGGCGGAGCAGCCACGGCUGGAAUCAUAGGACAUUUUUGCGUAAUGUGUCUGUGGCACUGCUGCCCUCUGCUGGACUUGUUGUGAACUUCAUCUAGUGCACAACAAAUGCACGGGCUGGAUGUAAAACCUGCAUCCCUCUGGUCUCUCUCCACCUGGUGAGGUCGGUCACCUCCAGACGCCAACAUUUCAUUCUUUAAUUUUCUCGUGCAUCAGCAGUUGCCGACGCCAAUGUUUCCCGUGAACUACCGGGAAGCCUGGAGUUUUUAAAUCAGCUGGUCUGAUUGUUGUGUUUCUGUUGUAUAUGCAAACUUACUGAUUUAACCAAGAAAAUGACAGCCAGGCUCAUAUUCAUCUGUAAUUAAGUGUGUGCCACCUUAUUCCCUCUUUGAAAACGAAGAUGCAUACGAUUCAGAGGAAAAAGUACCACACACAUACUUAGAGGAAUUACCCUUUCAAGUGGCCACUCUUGCAUCAUAUAUAUUAGUUCUGUACCGUAACAUAUUGAAGAUGCAUCUCUGUGUUCAUUUCUUUUGUAUUUAUUUGCUUAUUGUUUUUAACAAAAGAGGCAGCCCCAGACUCAUUCCAUUAUGCAUGUAUAAUAUAUAAUGUACAUACCGGUUUAUUUUCUUUCUUUGAUGUAUUUAUGUAGCAUGUCAGUCAUAACAGCCAUAGCCUGUACCCGUUCACCUUUUAGUUCAACAGUUUAUAGUAGUGGAAGUGGCACCUUGUGCGGAGCAGUGAAGUCUCCUCACACUGUGUUUUUACUGAAGGGAUCAGAAAAUGUGAUGAUUCAUGAGAAAAACUCACAUUACAGAGAGAGACCUAAUGGUGUUUUUACCCCCUAUCUUUAUUCAAGAGUGUGUUCUUUCAGUUUGUGAGCUGGGCCUAUUUCUCAGAUUUUGUAAUGCACUCAUUCAAAACCCUGCACUUGUACUCAAACAUUCCCUUUUUUUAUAGUUGCUAGUCACUGUUUAGAGAACAUAAAAAGAACUUGACAUCCUUGAUUUUUCCGCUCCAUGUUGACCAGAGAUCUGCUGGAUUCAUUCUCAAUGAAGGGCGGGACCAUUUGACUCGUAGUAACUACACCUGGCAUUCUAUUGGUUAGGGAAGUGGACUAGAAAUAGACUUGUUGCACAAUAACAUCCAAGCACAAGCAGGGAGCUAUUUGAUUGUGAGCGCAUGGUUUUGACAGAGCAUUACAAAAUCUGAAAAUGAAAUCAAUGGGUCCUGGUGUCAAAGAUGACACUCUUGAAAUAAGAUGGGAGAAAAAAAACAUACUCACAGGACAUGGUAAGUUAAAAAAAAACAAAAACGUGCAGAACGUGAAUGCCGACUGGAAUCCCAAGGUCCAUCAAACCGACCCACAUUGUUUUGGUGCAGGUUCCCCGGUUUGAUCUUGGGUAAACCGCUCAUGUGAAGACUUUGUAUUAAAACACAUGCUGAUCAGUGAA